AUGGCCUCCUCCGCCUCGUCGGUAACAGCGCGAGCCGGGGCGCCCCCAAGCCCCGCGGCAGACGGCGCCGCGGCAGGCGCAUCUCCCCGAUGGUCGCCGCUGGAUAUGGCCACACCGUGCUGCUCCAGAAGCGAUGGCACCGCCGUGGCGUGUGGCUCGAAUUCGGGGGGCCAAUGCGGCCUCCCGGCGCUGGCGGAAGGCUUGAGCUUCACGCAAGUGGCCGCAAGAAAAUUCCGUAACGUGCUGCUCCGGAGCGACGGCACCGCCGCGGCUUGCGGCUGGAAUUUCAGAGGCCCGUGCGACCUCCCGGCGCCGGCGGAAGGCCUGAGCUUCACGCAAGUGGCUACGGGAUUUUACCACACCGUCCUGCUCCAGAGCGACGGCACCGCCGUGGCGUGUGGCUCGAAUGCACAGGGCCAGUGCGACUUCCCAGCGCAGGCGGAAAGCCUGAGCUUUACACAAGUGGCCGCUGGAGGUGACCACACCGUGCUGCUCCAGAGCGACGGCACCGCCGUGGCGUGCGGCUCGAAUGAGAAGGGCCAGUGCGACCUCCCAGCGCCGGCAGAAGGCCUGAGCUUCACGCAAGUGGCCGCUGGAAAUUGCCACACCGUGCUGCUCCAGAGCGACGGCACCGCCGUGGCGUGUGGCUCGAAUGAGCAGGGCCAGUGUGACCUCCCGGCGCCGGCGGAAGGCCUCAGUUACGUAGCUCACCUCGUGCCUACGUUGCUCCUGCAGGCAUUCGUCGACGGCGAGUCGCUGUGCUUCACGACGCUUGGUGGGGUGGAGCGUUACCGAUUUGAGGCCGCACUAGACGCCCGCCUAGCCAACAUUCACGAGCAGCUGACGGCUACUCACCGGGUGGACAGGCCUGGCUUACCUCUCGCGCGAGUCGACGCCGUCCUGCUGGGGCGACUGCUGAGCGACGCUACAGCCGAGGAGACAGUGGCGAGCGCCUUCGGGCUCGAUCCACGCUGA